GAGACAUCCCUCAUGGGCGUUCCGAUUAAACGAAAGUGAAAACUCAGGAGUCAAAAUCUCCUAACGCUUCAGACUUGAACUUGAAUAUCUGGAGGGUCUUACGAGGGUUACGACGCUUUGCCUGAAUAUAGGAGUAUAACAUAGAUGAACUAACAUGGGUGUAUUUCUAAAACUAUUUAUUUGCAUGUAUUUGUUCGGAGUGAUCUGUUCUGAGGACCAGGUCCCGUGGCUCGCUUGUACAUUCAUCGAUGAACGCGUGUUCCUUAACAAUGAGGGUCACCGCGAGACGGAGCUCCACCCCAGAGACGCUCUUCUGCAGUUCGGUCCAGCUGGCGGUCCACCUGUCAACCCCCACACAAUCACCUUCUUGAUUACUGCCUCCAGGGUGGACCUGCGCUCCUACAUAGUGGGGGGCAGUCCAGAACACCUCGAGUGUGAGAUCCGCAGGUACAGCAUGAGGGGGAUCCAGGGGCUCUGGCCCAGCAAGGGGGCCAUGCCUUAUGACCUCUGGUUCACCUGCACCGUCAAACAUCCAGAGGACUCCUUCACCUUCACCGGCUACCUAAGACACACACCAAGCCAGCCCCCCUCAUCAAUGGAGGAUUAUGACAGCUUUCCUCCUAUUGGGGACAGAGAGUUGAUCACAGCCUCAGCCUCCAUGGUGCUGCACACACGCUCCGUAGUGUUGAAGGUGGCGCUGCGGUCCCAGCAGAAGCUCCAAUGUCGGUUCUCCGUGGACCACAAGGGGCCCAAGUUCAAAGUGGGGUGGCGCGCGCAGAUCAAAGGAGAUUGGGUGGAGCUGUACAGCCACGACAGCCACUCAGGAGUGACCCGGGGGUCGGGGGUCAAUCAAAAGGGGCUGUUGUCUACAGGGGACGCCACCCUGUCCAUCCCCUUCGUCAAGAUCUCCAGCGAGGGGAAGUACGUCUGCUCCGUGUCCGUGGGGCAGCUAGACGCCAGCCUCGACCUGGCACUGCAUGUCUACGAACCCCCCAGCGUGUCUCUAAACGUGGGCCCUGAGCUGGCCCUGCAAGCCGGCGCGGAGCAGAAGGUGGUGUGUGAGGCGGAGGGCUACUACCCUCUAGACGUGGAGAUGGAAUGGUACCAGGAGCCGCCCGGGGAGCCGAAAGACUACAGGGCCGGGGCCCCACUGCCCACCAAGCUCAACAACGUCCUGCUCUCCAGCCAUAGGCACAACCGCGAGGGCACCUUCGCUCUCUCAGCCUUCUUCUACUACCGGGCGGCGCUCCUGGACACAGGGCGGCGCUUCACCUGCAGGGUGAUGCACCGCUCCCUCAGGACCCCUGUCCGCAAAGGCUUCAUCCUUCUGGUCCACGAGCCAACCAGUUGGAGGUUCUACCUGGCAGUGGUCUCAACGUUGGUCAUAUUUCUGAUCAUAUUCAGAAUGCUACACUACUUGUACACAGCCCGUCAAGAGUCGAGGAAGAGCAAACCCUAUUAACUGUUUCUACAUAGGUCCCCUGCGUGUGGAUCCCUGGCUGAGAGGGGUCCUCUUGGGCUGGGGGGUAGGGAUUGGGAUGGG